UAACUGUUUAAAUACCUACAAAAAUGCUCAAAUCUGCAUACUUGUUCCCUUAGAUUUCCUCAAUUUUCUCGAUCUCUUCCAACCUCGAUUCAAAUUUCACACAAACAACUACAAGCCCUAAUUCCCCUUUUUAUAUCUCUGUAUCUAUCAUAUAUAUCUAUAUAUCGGACAUAUACGAGCCAUUUUAACCUAUCGGUAUCUUCCUUCUCUCUCUGCUUUUUAGUUUCUCUCUCUCUAGACAACCAGACACUCUAUUUUUGUAAUACUGUUGGGUUUCCUCAAAAGAUAUCUUGAAAAUUUAGAGGGUUUCGAAUGGUGAGAGGAGACUGAGGUGGAAAUUGACUGGUUUUGUGGUUCAGAAAGAUCCAAGAAAGAGGGAAGCCGAAGAUGGCAUCUACAGAGGCCGAGUUAGAGCAACAGCUUAAGGAGGCAGGGAAACAGUUAUCACAUCCCCCGGAUUCGGUCGAUGGACUUCUCCCUGUUCUUGAUCAAGUAGAGAAACUUCUAUCAAAAGUUGACCAGUCCCCGAAAAAGUCAAUGCUAGAUGCACUGAAACCAUCAAUGAGAGCAUUGAUUCAAGACAGUCUUUUAGGGCAUUCAGAUGUGGAUGUGAAGGUUGCAGUUGCUUCAUGCAUUAGUGAAAUAACAAGAAUCACAGCACCUGAUGCACCCUACAAUGAUGACCAAAUGAGGGAUGUUUUUCAACUGAUUGUUUCCUCCUUUGAAGAUUUAUCAGACCAAUCUAGUCGAUCUUAUAACAAAAGGUCAUCAAUUCUUGAAACUGUUUCCAAAGUUAGAUCAUGUGUCAUCAUGCUUGAUCUUGAAUGUGAUGAGCUGAUUGUGGAGAUGUUUGAGCAUUUUUUAAGAUCAGUAAGGGAUUAUCAUCUUGAAUCCAUAUAUUCAUCCAUGGAAAAUAUAAUGGUAUUGGUUUUAGAAGAAAGUGAAGAAGUUUCAGUUGAAAUGCUCAAACCAAUCUUGGCUAGUGUUAAAAAAAAUAGUGAGGGAGUUUUACCAAUAGCUAGAAAGUUGGGGGAAGGGGUGAUUUUGAAAUCUGCAGCUAAGUUAAAGCCUUACUUGAUGCCAGCUGUCAUAUCUUUAGGUGAUACAUUAGAUAUGUACACUCAAGUUGUGGCUUCAGUAUGUGAAGGGACACCUGCUACAAUUGAACAUGAUGAUGAAAAUGCUUCAGGGGUACAACUGGCCAAUGAGAGCAAAUCAACAAAGGGAUCUCUAGAUGAGACACAACAGGCUGAUGAGAGUAAGCUUACAACAGCAUCAUCAGAUCACACGGAUCAGGUGGUUAAAGAAGAUACAUGUCAUGAUGAUGAAGAUCCUACUUUAGACAGAUCUCCAAAGUCAGUUAUGAGUAAUGGAGUGAAAGGGGAUGAAGAAGCUUCAGUUGAUCAAGAACCUUCAAAGAAGCCACAAGAAGACAAAAACGAACAGAAACUUGAUCUUGAUGAUGUUGAUGAGUCAGAUGCUGAUGUGGCAAAGCCGGAAUCAAAACCAGAACAGACUUCCAAAAGUACAAGGACUAAAUCCGACACAACAGUAAACUCCGGGGAGCCUUCUGAUUCUUCUCAUGUUGAAGGUGAGAAAGAAGAAGCAGAGAAACAACCUGAUGUUGUUGUUCAUACUUCGCCUGUUAAAGAGUCUUCUAAUGAAGCAGUUAAUCCAUCAGAAACAGAAAAAGACGAAAACGCCCCUGAAAGUAAAGCUGAGAAUGUUUCUUCCCCUUCCCCUUCUCAAAGUGACAGCCUUCCAGAUGAAAGUCAAGUCAAGAGACCCGUCAGGUCCAAAAAGAAACCACUUCAAAAAGACGAAAACGCCCCUGAAAAUGCCGCCUCCCCAUUCAAAUCCGGAAGCCCGAAGAAAACCGGGCGGGCCAAGAACAAGGCGGUUGCUGCCAAAGUUCCGGCCGCCGCCAUUGAUGAAUCGGAAGAUGGUGGUGAUUCUGAUGAUAAUAAGCCUCUGAAGAAGGCUGAUAAGAAAGUGGAUGCGGGUAGUUCAGGGGCAAAACCGUCAAAAGCAUCAGGGAAGAAAGGGAAGCAGAGUGGUAAGAAAAUGGAUGUGGGUGAAUCAGGGGCAAAAUCGUCAAAACAGGGGAAGAAAGUCGAUGAGAGUAGUAUAAAUGUAAAACAAUCUGUGAAGAAAGGAGAAGAAGAAGAUAGUGAUUCAGAUGCUAAACCACUGAAGUUGUCAGUUAAAAAGGGGGAGAAAAGUAAAAAUGUCGAGGAAGAUGAGGAAAGUGAUUCAGAUAGCAAGCCACUGAAGGUGUCUGCUGCUAAAAAGGGUAAUAUUGGUAAUUCAGGUGAAAAUGUUAAAUCUUCUUCAAAGAAGAAGGAUGAUGGAAAAAAACGUAAAACUGUUGCAGAAAAGGAGCAAACAAAAUCUUUAUCGGGUGAUGAUGAGAUGGAGGAGUCUUCUCCAAAGUCUGCAACAAAGGGCACCCCAGGGAAUAGUUCAAAAAGGAAGCGUAAUACAGGAAAAGAUAAAGUGAAGUAUGAUAAAAGCCUGGUUGGUUUGAAGGUCAAAGUUUGGUGGCCUGAAGAUAAAACGUAUUAUGAAGGUGUUAUUGAGUCAUUUGAUUCUGCUAAAAAGAAGCAUAAGGUUUCAUAUGUGGAUGGAGAUGAAGAGAUAUUGAAUCUGAAAACACAAAAAUGGGAGAUUUUGGAACAACAGGAUGAGGAGCCAAUCACCGAAGCCCAAAAUGAAGAAGAAGAAGACGAAGAAGAAGAAGCUUCCCCUGAAACACACAAAAAGAAGAAAUCAAAAACCGACCCCACACCAUCUGCUUCUAAAGAUUCUGCCAAAAGAGUAGGUGCCACGUCAUCAUCUGUCAAAUCAAAAGGUUCUUCAAAAGACAACAAAUCCACAUCUCAAAAAACCAGCGCCAAGUCAACCGAUGCAGCAUCCGGAAAGUCAAAGGAAGACGAAGAGACACCAAAGUCAAAGGCGGUCAACAAGUCAAAAGGUAAAACCCCUCAGACCGCCACCAAGUCCAAUUCCAAUUCCAACGGCCCCGGAAAGGCGAAAUCCGGUUCCGAGGAAGCAAAAACUCCGGAAUCCACAAAGGGCGGGUCAAAAAGUGGAAAGAAACGAAAGAAGAGGAGUUAGAGAAUUACGGUAAGCCAUGCAUAUGGUUUUUUGGAUGGGGGUGGUGGGAUAGGAAGGGGGUUAGGGGUAAGUUAGUCAUUUCAUGUUAUUGUUUGGUAGAAGAAGUAUUGGUCUUUUGUAGGGAAGGAAGGUAUUUGUGGUGAUUAUUAUUAUUAUUAUUAUUAUUAUUAUUAUUAUUACUAUUAUUAUUAUGAUUAUUAUUAGGUUAGGUUGUGUUAUAAAGGAGUUAGAUUUAUGAUUUACUCGAGAAUUGGCAUCAAAUAUUGUUUGACUUUUGUUCUAUUUUUCUUUUAGAACCUUGUCAAUGAUGAUUGGGUUUUGGAUUUUCGAAGUUUUUA